GGUAGCAAAAUAGGCCAUUGAAUUCUCAAAAUGUGGCUGACUUGUUGCAAAAGUUCAACCUAAAAAAGGCAGCAAUACAGAAAGCACUGGGUAAUCUUUCGGAUAAUGGGAAGAUGUCGUUUAAGGAGUAUGGUGAGCAGAAGAUACAUCUUGCCCGGAAAGACCAUUUUAACAUUCCCAACAGCCAAGAGCUUAAUCAGAUGAAGGAAGAAAAUGCUAAAUUGCAGCAACAACUGGAUGAACAGAAGAGAGCUAUUAGUGAGGUUGAGGGCGGUCUGUUCUAUACGCGGCCCUUAUGUGUUCCAAAGAACUUUGUGAAUUUCAGGAGAAGUAUUGCUAACAAAAAUAUGAUUGGAGCUGGGUUGAUGUACACAAUUGCAGAAAUUAGAACCUUGGAGUUGAAUCUGACACUGGAACAGAUACGUCAUAAAGAAGCCACUCUGAGGAAGGGGGUAAAUUACGCGUGGGUUUUUGAAGUGCUUCUUUAGUGGAGUCUUUUGAAGUUGUUUCUGUGAAGAAGAAUGGAUGGAGCUCAGGACUUUUGAUUUCCGUAUCAGGUUAGGAAAUGGAAGACAAAUUGGUAAAAUUGCGCGAAGGAGUUAGGUCAGGACAGAAGAGCGGAAGGCAAUUGAGGGAAUGUGUUCAGAGAAAUUAAGUCAGUGGAGAACAAGGAUGUUCAAGGAUGUGUGGGGUGUCAUAACUGAGAACUCACCCCAGGAUCUAAAAGAAUUUAAGGUCAUCCUUAUAUCUAUCCUGUUUUGCCAGCACACGCAAUCUGUCUUCGCAGGAGUUGGGUUUAAUAAAUAUAUUCACGUUUUUGCAGGAGGAUCUUGGACUUUAAUAUGAUGAAGAUGUCGGUGUGAGCUUGCAGUCAUUUAGUGGCCUGCUGCAACAUUGCAAGAAGCGAGCCAGAGGCCAGAAACUUUAUAGAUUCCUC